AUGAUUGCAGCUGUGGAAUCAGUCCUUUGUCAGACGGAGGCAACGGAGGAGACUAAGAACCUCAUCCGACACCAAGUGUCGUCUCUCCUUUUGGCCCACGGGCCGCGGGAAGUCCUUUCCAAGGUCGAACGUGAUGCGCUCAGAGAACUCAAGGCCGACAAAGACCUGGUCAUCGUGCCAGCGGACAAAGGACGCGCCCAAGUUGUACUGGACAGGACAGACUACCUUCAAAAAGCCAAAGGUUUACUGGAGGACCGACAGUUCUAUGUCCCAUGUGCAACGAACCCUUUAAAGGCGCUGACACGCGAAAUCAAUGCUACGUUGUUGGCCUUGGAGAACUCAGGUGCAAUAACACCGACCGACAGACGCAUGGCGAGACCCCAAGAUACGACCUUGGCCCGAUUCUAUGGCCUCCCUAAGGUGCACAAAGACGGCGCUCCUCUCCCACCCAUCGUGUCGCUCAAAGGGACUCCAACGUAUGGACUGGCUAAGUGGCUGUUCCGGCGUUUCAAGUUCCUGACUGCUGAGUCAGACACCACGGUCUCUUCGUCAGCACAAUUCCUUGAGAAACUCAAAGUGGUAAGCAUCCAUCCAAAUGAGGUCAUGGUAUCUUUUGAUGUUACAUCCCUUUUCACUUCUAUUCCCAGGACCUGGCGAUCGAGACAAUUGAGCUGCUACUACAAAGCAAAUACGAUAAAACGGAGAACCGUCUUGGACACGCCCAAAUCCUUCAGCUCAUGAAGCUCUGUCUCAGGACGUACUUCACGUUCAACGGGACAAUCUACGAAUAUGUGAAGGGCACACCAAUGUGUUUGCCGAUUUCGGGAUUCAUCGCCGAGGCGGUCCUGCAACGGAUAGAGUCACUGGUCUUCCAAAACCACAGACAGAAAUUCUCGGCCUGGUAUGUGAACGAUACCUUCGUCGUCAUCGGACGGGAUCAGGUGUUGACAUUCCAAGAACAUCUCAGCGCCGUCUUCCCGGGCAUUCAAUUUACGAUGAAGGAGGAAAAGAACAACCAGUUGGCCUUACUGGAUGUCCUCGUAUGCCGCAAGGAUUGUGGUGGACUAAAGACCAAAAUGUUCAGAAAAGCGACAAAUACGAUGCAAGUACUGAACUUCAAGAGUAACCACCCAAUCAGCCACGAACGCAGUUGUGUAAGGACGCUCUAUCGGUGUGUCGAAACGCACUGCAGUGAGCCGGAAGACAAGAUUGCUGAACUACAAUACCUCCGACGGGUCAUUAAGCCAAUAGCUACCCGCGAAACUUCGUCGACCUGUGCAUACGCAAAAGGGACGAAAGGCCUUACCGCACGGACCAUAAAUCUUUCGGGCACUUCCGUAUGUCAAGAACGUUUCGGAAGCUGUCGGCAGCAUUCUCGCUCCACUUGGGGUUGGAGUGGCACACAGACCAGAGGCAACCCACAGGCGUCUGGUCAUGAAACCGAAUGA